CCACUUAAUUUGAGUUGGUAAGAGCAAAAACUGCCCCACCACAAAAAGAAACUACUUACUCUGUAAUGUAAGCCUUUCACUUUAAGAGCAAUGAAACUUGAGACAUCAGACUACCUCCACCCACAGUCAUAUCAGUGACACAGGCACUGACAGGAUUUCCUUAUUCCAACAACGAAACUUAACAAACAUUAUCAUCCUAUAUUACAAAGUUUUCUUUUGUUGUGCAUCUAUAAGCUUGCUUUUAAUAUGGAAUUACUUAUUAUAGGCAUUGUUUCUGAUGGACAACUUGAGGGCUAGGGCUGGAAUGGGUGUGCUUUGAGCUGGCUACUCUAAAUGACUGAACAAAGCUACCAUGUCUGACUACAAACAUCAUCCAAUUGAAAAAUGGACAAAGGAGCAUGUUCAAGCAUGGCUUUGUAAAACUGUUCAAGUCAAGCAGAAAUAUGCAGACAUGUUUGUUAAGCAGGAAAUAUCAGGUGAAUGCCUACUAUGCUUUGAAAAGCAGGAUAUAGUAGACAUGGGAAUAGAAUAUGGCCCAGCUGUUAAGAUCUGGUCACAACUAAAGAAACAGAAGGCACUGUCAAACACUGCAGCAUCCUGCAAACAAAAGAAGCAGAGACAAACAAGCAGCACACCUGAAGCAGAUGCCUCCACUAAGACAGUGAGUCCUCCACAAAGACAUCCUAUUCAGAGAGCAGAAAGAGACAAUCAGAUGCCAAGUAUUUUUACAUUACUUCUUCAUUGUCUGGAGGAUCUCACAGAUGAAGACUUUAAGAAGUUCAGAAGAUACCUAAAGGAACCUAUACUGAAUGAGUGCAACACGAUUCCUACAUGUCAGUUGGAGAACAAAGAAAGAACAAACAUUGCUGACUUAAUUAUAGAAUAUCAUGGGGAAGAAAAUGCCCUGAAAAUCACCGUCUGUAUACUGAAGAAGCUUCCACGGAAUGACCUUGUGGAAAGCCUUACAAAAAAUGUUGACCAACUCCAAGUUUCAACAACAGACUCAAAGAGAGAAGUGAAAAGGGAAACAAAUCAGGGUGAAAAGCUCAAGAACCUGCUGACAUGUGGAGCAUCAACACUGGGUCACUACAGCCAUUUUAUCAUCAUCAUGAACAAAAGUGAUCCUGACCAGCUUGAACAUCUACAGUUCCUUUGCAAACUAAAUUUGUUUUGUGUUUUGGACUUUGAUCCUAGUUCAAACACUAAUGGUACAUGCAAACUGUACAGAGAAUCCCGUCAUGCAAACCUGCAUUUCCCAGACCUUUUCCAGGGGGAGCCAAGUGCAGUGAUCAAAAAUCUAAACCUCUACAACCAGACCAGUUGGGUGUUUUGCAAUGGAAGGCUAGAUGUGAACUCUGAAUCUAACAGACAUCUUGACUACCAAAGCUGGUUGAGAAUAACUCAUAGGGAAAUAGAGCAAAUGGUUUCAUUUAUCUACAGACCUGAAGUCCUUCCUGGUAGGAGAUGUCUUGUGAUAUUCCUUCUGCUUUCUACUGUCCAGUCAGAGAAAGACCCCAUUUUUGAUACAUUCAUGACAUUUCACAGGCAGUGUGGAGGGGAGGAGAACAUCAUCCAUAUUUGUAAAAAUGAGCACACAUUUGAAAAAUGGCAAAAUCUCAUUCAAAAGAAGUAUGAGUUUGAUCUCAACAAACAGUCCAUUUAUGAGUUGGACUUGAGCCAAGUUAAUGGACUAAUAAUGAAACUGGGACCACACUCUCAACCCUGUGAAAAGUUGCUGCCAUCAGCUGGCUCUAGUUAUGUCAUUCUGCAACAGAAGGAUGCAGAUAGAAUGACUACGUUAGACAUUUUGUGUGCAAAUGAAUGUGACAAUGUUCAGGUUGAAAACAGCUCUGAAUUUCAAAACUUAAAACUUGAGGUUGAGGAAGAAUUCUAUAGAGGGGGAGAAGUCAAGUGGUUGAACUUCUACUUCUCGGAGAAACAAAAAGCAAAGCCAUUCAUCAAACGAGACAAAUAUGAAGCUGUGAUGACAAUGGUAACAUCUCAGAUUAAGCGUCCUAAAAGCACAUGUGUCCUGGUGAAUCUUUUUCACCAUCCUGGAUGUGGAGGUACAACUUUAGCAAAGCAUGUGAUGUGGGACCUUAGAAAUCAGUUAAGGUGUGCAGUUCUGAAGGACAGCUCUUCAGAUGAUCAGGUGGCCUCGCAAAUAAUGGACCUAAUGAAGCACGGGAAAAGUGACGAACCUCCUCAAACACCAGUGCUAUUGUUGGUAGAUGAUUCCAAAGACACAGAAGCUGCGGAAAAGCUGAAGAAUUGCAUUCGCAGGAAAUUAGAUGAGAAUUGUGUAACAAAGCAUGAAAAGUGUACCAGCUCACUGGUUAUCAUUUUGAACUGUGUUCGCACUCAUUUCCCAAAGGAUCAGUACAAAUGCUGUGAGACACAAAGUCAGUACAUAACAGCAGAACUAACAAAAAAAGAACAAGAUGACUUUGAAGAAAAACUGCAAGAGCUGAGAGAAAAUCAUAAAAGGCCUGAGAACUUCUAUAGUUUCAUGAUCAUGAAAUCAAACUUUGACAAGAGGUAUGUUAAAAAUGUGGUCUGCAAUAUCUUGAAAGAUCUGGACAUAGACACCAAACAAGCACAGCUCCUCUCCAUCAUGGCACUGCUGAACUCAUAUAUUCCUGACUCACAUAUUUCUCAGUCAGUCUGUGAAGACUUUCUUGGAAUGAAACCAUUGCUGUGGGGAAAAGAGACCGUUCUUGAAAGGAUGGAACCUUACUCAAAUUUGCUUAUUGGAUCAAAGGGUGGUCAGUAUGGGGAAUACUCUGCCAUCCGUAUUCUACACCAUGACAUAGCCUGUGCAUGCCUGGAGGAACUGGAUUUGACAUACAACAUAAAGAGGAGUGACAUUACUAUGGAUCUGCUGCACUGUGAUUUGUUUUUCAAAACUGGACUGGGAAAAGAUGCUUUAAUACUUUCCAUUCAGCGCAUGUUGAUUGAGAGGCAACGCAAUGUGAAAAAUGAGAGAGACACCCAGUUCUCCCUGUUGAUUGAAAAAAUCCACAAAGAUGAGGGAAGACAAAAAGUUCAAGACAUCUUCAUGAAGGCAUCAUCAAGAUAUGAGACAAGUGCUUCCAUCCCCCAAGCCUUGGCACGAUACCUGUACCUUUAUGACAGAGAUUUCUCUCAAGCCCUUGAUUGGGCAGAAAAUGCAACAAAAAUCACAGAAAAUCCAUUCACUGUUGAUACAAUAGGACAGAUCCACAAAAAUCAUUUGAAGUAUAAAAUUCAACAAGAGAAGGAACAAGAGAUGCCUCAUACUCCAGAGUACCUUGAUGCCUACCUUGAAUUGGCUAAAAAGGCAAUCAAUGCCUUUCAAAGAGCACAGAAACUGGCAAAGACUGAAUAUGAGCCUUAUGAAGAUUACCAUCUUGCGAAAGACUCAUACAACCAAUCUGCAGACAUGGGGGUGAUAGAAACAGCACUUAUAGUCUUUGAAAUGAUCAGCAGCCUCCCAUUUUUUGAAGGAGAAGAUCCACUGACAAAAAGGUACUUGCAGAGCUUCCUCAAAGGCAGCAUUCCUAUUACAAAUGUGUAUUUCGAGGAUAAUGUGAUAAAUCUUAAAUAUGUUGAUGUUCUAAAGAAACACGAACAGUUUGUUCAUGGGUUAAAGAAGCAGGCAAAGACUAGUUUUGAAUUCCUUGACAGUUAUUUUACUUACUUGAAGAGCAGAAAAUUUGAAGAGGAGUUAGACCAUCGGUGUAGAAGAAAAGUGUCAGAAUACUUCAAGGAGUAUAUUUCAGUUUUCUGCUCUGAAGCUGAAUGGUCACAAGAGCAAGCAGGUAAAAGAUUUCUUCGAGAAAACAUGGACAAUGAAGCACGCCAAAUGUUUCUGGAAGAACAGAAAGCUGACACUUUUGCUGGGCUGCUUCAACACUUGGAGAAGGAGAGUGCAGAAACCAUGGAGAAAAUAACAGAAUGUUACACAUUUUUACAUCAGCGUUUAAAGUCCAGAAAUCCAAAAUUCAAAACAAACUUCAUACUGUCCAACUUAAUCCUGCACUUCAUCAAACCCAAAUCAAAAUGCACAAUGAGGGAACAGGAUCUCAUCCAUCUUUUGAAGGAAAUGAUGCAAGAAAUAGGACUUCAGUACUCAUCUCCAGAACCUUACUACUUGGCGUUACUGUUACUUUGGCCAUGUUCGUCAACACCAGAUAUUGAUAAAAAUAUCUUACUCUAUGUCAGAGCCAUACGCAGUUCCUUUCAUCGUCAACUACCCCAUUCGUUGCGCAGGAGAGGAGCUAUUUCUUAUUUUUUGCUGGGGAACAAGUCAGGAUUGGAAAAGCUUGUUCCUAAAGCUAAACUGUACGACUCAAAAGACCCAAAAGAAAGCAACAGGCUUUGGCAGAGUGGAGAGAUCUUCACUCUGGAGGACAUCAAAGACCGCCUACACCGCGUAUAUGGAACUGUUGAGCAAGGGGAAGUUUACUUUGAGCACACUAAACACAAAAUCCCAGUGCAUCCAGCCUUGCUUGGUGCAGUGAGGACUGGAUUCAGUACAGAAAGGGUGUCUUUCUACUUGGGCUUUUCCAUGACCGGUCCACUUGCGUAUGACAUUCGCUAUGAAAGCUAAGUUCAUUGAAGAAUUGAACUUAGCUUUCAUAGUUUUUUGAAGAAUAGGAGAGUUUGAAGAAUUGAAGAAUAGGAGAGUUUACUAAUGCAAGAGUGUAGAAUUUUGUAUUCUACACUAUCUCACAGUGCCUCUAAACAUGAAGAACUGAGGACAGUCAAUGAGAGGAAAAAUGCAGUUUAGAUGCUGAAAGAAGCAAAUUCAACCAUAACACAGAAAUUAGAGACGGAAAUAUUUGCGUACCUUCAGAAAAUGAUAAAAGCUGUGCUAAUUGGCUGCCAACUGCAGAAUUAUAAAGGCUACUUAAGAGGACAACAACUUUUCACCAGCAUCAUAAAUAACAUCCCAGUUUUCAACAGGAUGAAAAGUGCUGAGAUCAUUCUGCUGAUUUCUGAAACAAAGUUUAACGCAGACAAGAAGACAUUGUAAUGGGAAGGAUAAAGUGCAGAGAAAUAAGGUGGGGGGGGAUCAACAAUGAAAAAAAAAAAUCUGUUGAUACUAUUAGGACACAUCCACAAAAAAAGUCAUUUAAAGUAUAAAAUUCAAGAAGAGAGAUGCCUUGUACUCCAGAAUAUCUUGACGCCUACCUUGAGCUCCUAAAAUAGCAAUCAGUGAUUUUCAAAGAGCAUGGAAAC